CUGUUUACUAAAUGCUAGGAUGAAGUCUGAAUUCGAUUUUUAUCUAUAGUUAAUUUAAUAAUCUCCCUUAUAUAAGGCUUUUCAGGCAUUCUUCCCAGAAUCAUUAUUAAAAUUUCCAUGAAUCAAACAAACAGGCCUAUUUAAAACUCAAAGUUAUAAUCGCUUACUUUUCUCCUACCAGGUACUAGUAAUUAGCAGAAUUUAAAUGGAAAUGUUCUUACUCCUUUUAUUGUCUGUGUUUAUCGAUAAUAUUCAAAAUUUAUUAGCGCGAAGCAUUAUUUUAAGCUAGGAAGAAAUGAGUAAAAAAUUUAAUCUAUAAUUUUUAGGCCCACAGAGAUUUUAAAACUAUCAGGAUUUCAAUAUUUGUGAUCAUUUUUCUACAUAUGACAAGCUGAGAACUGCCAGUGACAUAUUCAUUCAGAGGUCUUCCUGAAAAUACCAGUUAUAUAUGAUCCACAGAAGGCUGCUUGAAGCAUCCGAUAUUCGUUAUGCCAGAAAAAUUAGAAAAUAAACCGGUGCUUUCUUUGGUGGGAAUCACAUUUCAUAGCGAAAGUUUUUUGAUAUUAUCAGUCCCAUUUAAAGCAAAAGAAGGCCAAGUUAUCGAGGUUGAAAUGGAACUUAGCCUUGAAGAAACCACAAACACCUCUCAAAUAUUUACUCCAGAAUCCUAUUUUACCAACAAAGAGAAUUCAGAAGGAUUUACCAUACUUCCCUCCCAGACAGAGAGUAUAAUGAGUUCAGAGAUUAGAGAACUAAGAUGUCCUUCCCCUUGUUCUAGAAACCUCACAAUCAGCUCAGUGAAGAUCCUUUCCCAAGGAAAAAGAAGUUUACAAGGAGUAUGAGGCAGUGGCUUAAGAGUCACAGGGGAAGAAUGAGAUGAUGGAAAUACAGUCAGUGGAGAUGGAUGAAGCAGUUUGUGAGAGAUUGAGCCUGGGUAUAUUUGCAUUGAAGGAUCAUCAUCUAGAGGUGAUACUUGAACUUCUAUCUGAGGUGAUGGAAUCAGAGUAGGAGCUGAACAAUGAGAUGACAAUGAUACCAACAACGGCAAUGGAUGCAGUUCAUCAUGAAUAGUUGAGAUUGGUUAUAAUUGAAGUGGAGGAUCCCCCACAUCCCAAGAUACCUGAUCGGCUGUUUGAGGAGAUGGCAUCAAGCUAUCUAUUGAAGUAUGCGAUGAUGGUAACACCAAUUCAAAUGAUGGCUGAGAUUCCACCUGCUCCUUCAUUGAAGAUGAUUAUACAUGAGCUGGAGGAUCUUUGACAUCCUCUGAUACCUGCGAAGUAAUUUGUGGAAACGGAAUGCUUCUCUCUAAUACAGAUCCAGUCAAAUUUUGAGAUGACGGAAACACAAACAGUGGAGACGGCUGUAGUGACAACUGAGAAGUGGAGACUGGCUGGGUGUGCACUGAAGGAAACAUGAGCGCUGCUUCAACAUGAAAUCUGUGAGAACUGGAGUUCUGCACUAAGUGUGAGGAUCAAGACCAUACAAAAUGUUCAGAAUGAGAGAAGGAUACCAAGUUGAACAAAGAAAGUCUUUGAAAAAGAUUAUCUAAAGUAUCUAUGUCAGCAUCUGGCAAAGCUACAGCUUCAUCAUCUCAAACUGCAGCGAGUGCUGGAGGAUUAGCAUCAGUUAUUUCAUCAGUACUCAAACUAAGUUCCCCAAUUGGAAUCUGGUCAAUGGUACAUCAACUCCAAGUCAUGGGACUAAUAAUAUUGACUAAGGUAUUCAUACCUGAUGAUCCAAAAGGCAUGCUUCUAGGUGAAGGAGCUGGAUUUCCAUUUUCACUGUCAUCAGUCAGAACCAAUGGGCUUCCUGGAGUCAGCUUGCUGUCUGAGAAAAUCAAUCUAAAUCAAACUAAUAUUGAGUUAGAAGCGAUUGGAUUCCAGUCAGGAAGUUCAGUGGUUAACAAUCUAACAUUAAUACUGACAUUAUUGAUGUUAAUGAUUCCUCAUUUGUUAUUGUAUUUGCUUCCAACAUUCAAGCCAACCAAAGAAAAUCAGAAAUGCAGAUUAAGAAUUUAUAGACUGAUAUUAUGGCUGCGUGGGUUUUUCUCAUUUACAAUAUACAUAAGGACUAUAUUUGAGUCCUAUCAGUACAUCCUAUUGUCAAGUCUUGCAACUUUUAUGAGAGGAGAGAUAAAUAGUACUGAAUCAAAGCUAUCCCUAUGCUUCUCCAUUGCUGCAUUCUUUAUGGCUUGCUGAUUCCUUCAGCUUCCAUUAUAUGUUAGCUAUCUUUCUACGAAGCAGGGAUUUGAUGAGUCAAAAAGAUGUAAAGAAUUUUUAGUCGGGAUAAGACAAAACAAUAUUGCAAAACUAUACGCUUUCUUUGGAUUGAUUAGAAGGUUUUUGUUCUGUGUCUGGUUAGUGGUAUUCUCUUUUGUGGGACCUCAAAUUUUGAUUGUUGGUUUUAUUUGUAUUCAUGCACCUUACCUUGGCUUCAUAAUUAUCUUCAGACCAUUUGCAGACACUACAAACAACAUUGUAGAAUGUAUAAAUGAACUUUUUCUGACUCUCAUAACAAUUUGGUUGUGAUUUAUAAAUAAAGAGUCUCAGUGGACAGACACUCUUGCCAAAAUCUUAAUGAAUGUAAUCUUUGGAAACAUAAUCUGCAUCUCAGUUAUUUCUUUGACUUCUUGAAUUGUGACAGUUGGAGUGUUCUUAAAGGGAAAAUGCUGCUCUAAAAAGACAGCUCCCAAAAAGAAAGAUGUUAAAAAGGUACCUCAAGAUGUCGAAAUCCACGUUACCCAAGAGGUUGAGCCUUCACAGAGUAAGAGUGGGGUCCAGAGCUAUGCUUCAAAGCAGAAUUUGGCGCCAUCUGAGAAACGAACUCCUUUAGGAUGGAAUGAAAGAGAGUACCAAAAUGUAAAAAGAUUGUUUGGGAUGAGUACGAAUUAGAGUAAAAAUCUUGGAUAAAAUAUAUAAUUUGAGAGUGUUA